AUGGCCACGAGAACGGCCGGAGAUAAUCAGUUCCAGCUGGCCCUUGUUGGCGAGGACGACCAGCUGGGAGAUAACCUGAGUAGAGGGUUAAAGCUAUCCGAUCACCUCUCUACCACCGUCGCAGCCGCAGAAAGGACGUCGAGAAAUCAGCUAGAAAAGCUAUGCAGGUCUCUACAGGAGCAACUUGCGGAAAAGACAAGGGAGCUGGAGUCAGCUCAAGCGGAGAUUGCCUGGCUAGGGUUCUGCAGGAGUGAUCUCAAAGAAAUGAUUGAGGCAGCAAAUGCCAAUUGUUCCAGCCUGGAGAAGUACAAUAGGGAGCUGAAAGGGGAGCUUACAGAAGCGAAGAAAGAAGCCGAGAACCUGAAGUCGACCGUUACCACAGCAAAGGUUGAGCUGGGCAGGGAAUCUCGAAAGAACUCGAUGUUACAGAAGGACAUCAAGGCGUUGAACCAGAGAGCCGAGCUUCUGAACCCACCGGUCGAUAUUGGUGUAGCAACGCGACUUCGGUUCUUGCAACACGCUCGACGUACCAUUCAUAGACACCGCAUCUCGGACCAAGAUGCAAUCGUCAUCAAGAACGGAAAUGUGGCUGCACAUGGAGGGAAUGGCAUUGCAGACGCGGCAAUGUUCAAGGCGUACUUGGUCACGAAAGGCCACGUACUGGGGCAAGUCUUCAAGGAUCUCUAUCAUUGCGAACCAGCUGAAUACCUCAACCAGAACGAGAUCAAGAUGUUGAGGCGGAUGCUGGAUUGCGAAGCAACCAUCACGACGGUCAAAAUAAAUAACAAACUCAAAGAAUCUGCCGCUUUGCGGAGGGACCAUCACCAACUUCUCGAGAACCUUUAUGACGCUCAAACCAAGAGCCCCAGUAUCACAGCAUGGGAAGAGAAUCACAAUAAUAAGCGCUGGUUGAAGAGACUUGAGGAAUUGACUGCUGAAAUUGUGAGGCUUGAUGUGAAGACUGGGCCACGCCGCAAAAAGAUACGCUCUGCUUCUGCUUAUUCUGAGAGCGACUCCGGCAAGGGAGAUUCGGAUGCAUAUGGCGACGAAGACAGCAAUGAUGAGGAUGACGAUUUUGAUUACGCUCCAGCUCGUUGA